CUGAGCUGAGACCUUGCAGACUCGCUGCACCCUGGGCUAGGGAAGGGGAGAGGUUCCCCUUCUUCCAACACAUGCCGGGCAUCGCCUCCCCAGGACACCCCUCUGCCUCCGACCCCCUCUCGGCUCCUCUCCCUGCAACCCCGGGCCACUGCCGUGCCCCGGCACCAUGGCCACGGGCGAGCUGACCGAGCUGGAGACGGCCAUCGAGAAAAUCGUCACUGUCUUCUUCACCUACGCGGGGAAGGAGGGCAAGAAGGGCACGCUGACGGCCGGCGAGUUCAAGGAGCUGGUCCAGCUCCAGCUGCCCAACCUGAUGAAGGACACUGGGAACCGGCGAGCGGCCGACAAGCUCAUCUGUGACCUGGACGAGAACAAAGACGGCCGCAUCAGCUUCGAGGAGUACUGGACCUUGAUAGGUGGCAUCGCCAGCCCCAUUGCCCAAAUCAUCCGCCAGCAGGAGCAGAGCGUCAAGCACACCAAGUAGCCGGCUGCAUCCGGACCAUCCCCGGGCUCAGCCCCACCCCGGGCUCAGCCCCUGCUUCUCCACGUCCCUGCUUCCCGCUGCCGAGCCCCACCCCAAGCCCCAGCUUGCCCCGGGGCACCCUGGUCUCCCACGGCUUUGCCGACUGAGCCACGCCAGGGUGCGAUCGGGGUGGGAAGACCCUGUGGGUGGGAGCAAGGGGGUGCGAGGUCAUCACAGCCUCAGGGGUCCUCUCCUUGCCCCACACCAUGCCAUCCCUGCCCUCAUCCUCUUCUGCAAGCCCUGUUCUUGCUGGGCUGCUGGGCAAGAAGCAAAGGGAGAGGAUUCCCCUCAUCUAGGACAUGAAUUCUGUCUGUUCUCCGACCUCUGGGACAUGGCCCUGCUGGCAGAAACCCCAUCACAACCGGGACCCCCUCUCCCCUUGGAGCUCCCCCUCAAAGUCGGGGUUCUUCUUGGGAAAAGGGUGCCUUUCCCCCUGUCCAAGCUGGUGAAGGGUCUGCCCUGCCUGCGCUGCCUGGUGCUCUGGUCCUUUGGGCUUGGGGAGCGGCGUGGUCCCGUCCGGGCAACACCACCGUGGUUAUUUAUUGCAGCAAUA